GGCUAUCAUUUUCGCUCGAUUAAUAAUGAACCAUUUCAUUUAAUGCAAACUAUAGUGUAAUGAUUCGUGUGUAAUGUAUUAAUCUGUAGUAAAGAAUUAAAGCUGCAAUUUAUUUAAAUUUGUCAGAGAUCUUGGUUGCUUAAUCUGUGUUCGUUCUCCGUAGAUCUGUGUGAUGGAUGCAUAUAUUUCAUAUGAUGUGAUUACAGACUUGGUCAUACAGUAGCAGCUAAACACAAGUACUAAGGCUACCGGAACCCCCAAUACAGCUCUCAUACUUGCGAUUGGUUAUUGCCCUGUUAGGACUAAACUGAAAUGGCCGAAUACAAUUCGCGAACUUUGAUUACAAAUGAAAUUGCUGGAUUUGAGUAACAUUUAAUAAUAUUGCUCUAUAGUGUAACGUAUAGUGUGACGUUGCUGGUCACGUGAGGUGUGGGAGCAACGCGAUGGGAGUGAGGAAAAGAGGAGAGUAAAAGAGCCCUGUGUGGAUGCAUCCGUUGGACGAGUCAGGUCGGCUGGGAUGCUGGCGAGGUAGACGCGGCGGAAAAAAAGCGAUGGAGUCCUGCUCGAUUCGUCACAACAGGCGAACGCGAUAAAGAUCGAAUGCAGUGCCUGGAUUUUUAUAGUUUCACCGAAUUCUGCUUUCCCCCCUCCCAAAUGUAAUACCUCCCCCUUGCGACAAAACCAGGUGCCUUGCAUCUUGGCGGAUUGCUAUUAUCAUGGCGGAUAUGCCGGGUAGUAGAAAAGAACGCUUCUCAGCAGAGGAAACGGAUCUCCUGGUGCACGAAGUGAAAGCUCGCGAGCAGACCAUCUAUGGCAACAGCAGGAUUCCACCAAAGCUCUCUGAGGUGAAACAGGCUUGGGAGGAGGUAGCGGUAAGCGUGUCCUCGUCUUCUGGCAUCAGCAGAACAGCCACACAGUGCCGAAAGCGGUACAAUGAUGUCAGGAGACGGGGAAAGCAAAAGCUGGCAGCUCACCGAAAACUACUAUUGAAAACGGGAGGAGGACCACCUACGACCACCGAUGAUCUGACGUCAGCAGAGGACAUCGCUGCCUCUACCCUUAAGGCUGAAAGCAAAGAGGGAUUUGGGGGACUUGAAGUGGGCAUUCAAGCUCCACUGGCUGAAGACCCUGAGGCUGGGCCCAUUAAGCAGGAGCAGGUGGUAGAUGAGGAGGGAGAAGAGAUGGUGGAACAACCAUCAUCGAAGUCGAGAGGAGAGACAAAUCGACCCAGAACUCGUCGCGGGAACAUCAUCCGGCAGGAGGACCACCCAUUCCUGGAACUCCAGCAGGCCGGAUUCAACAUGCUGGAGAGGGAGUUGGGUGGGAUCAGCCGGGGUGUUCGGCGUGUGAAUACCCACCUGAGUCGCACUGAGAUGCUGCUGCAGCCCCUUGGACGUAUUGCAGACAAUCUGGGAAGGCUUGCUGGAGCAGUUGAGCGCCUCAUUUCUGCAACACCUCCUACUCAGACCACCCAAUCUCCUCCAUCCACCCGAUCCAAUAUCAACACACUGCCGCCAGAUGCUCCCGGACCUUCCCGUGGCCGGUCCUGUCCUGGUGCUCCCCGCCUGCGAACCUCGAGGAGGAAGAAGACCACCAGUUUAAGAUCAUGUUCAUGAAUUUUAGUUUUUUUUUUUUCCAGUCAUGGAGAUACGGGCAAAAUCAGUGGGGUUCUAAUUGCAGAAAGUAUGGAAACCC